AAGCAGGCGCGAUCCCCCAGGUCUUUGAUUUAUUAAAAAAAAAAAAAAAAAAAAAAAAAACGCGACUGGCUGACGAGGCCCCACGUCAAUACGCAGUUUGGAAGCGCAUAGCUUGGCUAGAGCAGUUAGCAACCAGAUGCACAGUCGGCGCUCCAUCAAACCUUACAUCUGUGGAUGAAGCUAACCAAGGGGAAACAGCUGUAUGCAGGCUAUGCUAGCGACCUGAAACGGCAACAUCUGACUGUGGACACGUAGGAGAGAGUCUUUGCCUACAUACAUUGUGUUGUCAUUUUCUGUCUGCUGUUUUGUGGAUAACAAAAGCGCAUUCGAUUCGAACGGAGUCAUUGGAACAGACGAGUGAACGAGAAUUGAACCGCAGUGGAUGUCUUGCUCUUUCUGUGUUCACAUCGUAAUACAACUGUAGCUGAGUAAUCGCAUGGAGAUGGAGUAAAAUUGAGGUCAUCUGGAAUUGAAUUGCGGCUGAGAGAUGGAGAAUUAGUUUUGUCCGCUCUGAUCUAAUAGGAGGGAGAGAAGAACUGCUGGAUACAUAGCGGAUACAACCCCGAUAUGAACGUGGCUUUCUCGCUCUGCUUGAGGUAGCUGCUAAAGCCAAUGAAAGACGGCGGUCUUGAGAACGCAUACGGUCACUUUGGAAUGUAGAUAUACGCGUUUAUUCUUGCACAAAAAAAAACAAAAAACGAAUGUGUUCUAAUACUAGUAACUAGGACUAUCGUUGCAUUUUUUUGUUGUUGAAUUACUCUUCAAGUAUCAACCAACCGAUCUUCUACGGGAGAAUGGCCAUGAUACAAAAGUGAAUCUGGACCUGGCUUUGGAGGCAGUGGAGUUAAUGGUGUGAGUGAGAUUUCCCCCUCCCCCACCAUCACUACAGAGACACGCCAGAGGCUGUCCACUGUCCAGGCCCAAGCAGUCAGCCUGAGCCUGCUAGUACAGACUAUCUGGCCUCCUCUUCUUGUGGUCCCUUAUGCUCAAUGAAGGCUAUCUCUGGGUCGCUACAGGAUGGAUGGUGUGGAUUUGACGGUCCUUGUGUGUCAUCAUCAGCGCUUGCUCCUCUGUGACUGUUUCCUGUUCUUUUCCAUUUAUAAAAGAACGCCCCCUCUUCUGGGCCCAACCACCCCUGAGCGCUGUAAAAGUUAUAGUAACUGUUGUUGUUAAGUGACACUUACAGAGGAGGUUAAGUUAACUCUCCCCCCAUCCAAACUCCACAGAGGGUUUUCUCCAGAGGUUUUAUUUUAUAUACCCAUAUUAUAUAUUUCCCCCCUCUCAGGAGUUUGUUUGGAAGACGCACAGGUGUUUGGUUCUUCACAACAAAAGUUUUGGUUUAUUGUUGGUUGAGGUUUACAGUUACUUUUUCUCAAGUUUUGGUUCUUCCUUGUAAUUUAUUUAUACUUUAUAUUUUGGAGUUUUUUUUGCUCAUUGCUCACUCACACCCCCUGGAAUAAAAAAAACAAGAUGUCGGAAACAGACAAGUUCCUUGCCCCUUUCCCUCCGCCGCCCAAGAAUGUGAAUGGUUCCAGCUCGGACACGUACCUUGGUGAGAAUUUGGGAACCGACGGUGUCCGCCGCCGCCGCCACACCAUGGACCGCGACCCCAAACAGGCCGAGCAUCGCUUCUUCCGGCGCAGCGUCAUCUGUGACUCGAACGCCACCGCCUUAGACCUCCCCAGCAAGGCCGUCAUCCUCACCUCCCCGCCCGACUGUGAGCCCCCCAGCCUGGGCUGGCUCUCCCUGGCUGUCCCCUCUGUGGUGGUACCCGAGCCUUGUCUGGCGGUGGCCGAGGUGGAGGCAGAUGAGGAAGGAGGGGAUGGGACUUGUAUUGCGGUAUUAGGGCCCAGUGUUGGUGGUGGUACUAGAGUGGAUGGUAUGGUAGUGCAGAUAAAGCCAAGCACGGCAGUAUUGGAUGUUUGCGGCGGAGAGAAAGUAAAGAAGCUGUUGUCGUUAGCCGCCGCAGAGGCUCCUGGAAUCGAGGAGGUGGUGCCCAGUAAAGCGGGGGAGCCCACGGAGGAGGAGAGCGGUAGUGUUACAGAGGAGAUGCGAGAGGAGAAGGAGAAGGGGGCCGCUAAGGCCCUAUUAGAGGAGCAGAAGAGGGAAGCAGAGAAGAAGGUUCAGGACGACAUAGAGGAAGUAGAGACCAAGGCCAUAGGGACCUCGCUGGAUGGACGCUUCCUAAAGUUUGACAUCGAGAUCGGACGCGGAUCCUUCAAGACGGUCUACAAGGGCCUGGAUACGGAGACUACAGUGGAGGUGGCGUGGUGCGAACUGCAGGAUCGUAAGCUGUCUAAGACGGAGCGUCAGAGGUUCAAGGAGGAGGCUGAGAUGUUGAAGGGUCUGCAGCACCAUAACAUUGUACGCUUCUACGACUCCUGGGAGUCUCCCUCCAAAGGAAAGAACUCCAAGUGCAUCGUGCUGGUCACAGAGCUUAUGACAUCAGGCACCCUCAAAACGUAUCUGAAGAGGUUCAAGGUGAUGAAGAUCAAGGUUCUGCGUAGCUGGUGUCGUCAGAUCCUAAAGGGGCUCCACUUCCUCCACACCCGGGCCCCUCCCAUCAUUCACAGGGACCUGAAGUGUGACAACAUCUUCAUCACCGGCCCCACUGGCUCCGUCAAGAUAGGAGACCUGGGAUUGGCUACGCUCAAACGGGCCUCCUUCGCCAAGAGUGUCAUAGGUACCCCAGAGUUCAUGGCCCCUGAGAUGUAUGAGGAGAAGUACGACGAGUCAGUGGAUGUGUAUGCCUUUGGGAUGUGCAUGCUGGAGAUGGCCACCUCAGAGUACCCCUACUCUGAGUGCCAGAACGCUGCACAGAUCUACCGCCGAGUUACCAGCGGAGUCAAGCCGGCCAGCUUUGACAAGGUAGCCAUACCAGAAGUGAAGGAAAUCAUCGAGGGAUGCAUCCGCCAGAACAAAGAUGAGAGAUAUGUCAUUAAGAUCCUGCUGAGCCAUGCGUUCUUCCAGGAGGAGACUGGUGUGCGUGUGGAGCUGGCCGAGGAGGACGAUGGGGAGAUGAUCGCGAUCAAACUGUGGCUGAGGAUAGAAGACGUCAAGAAGCUGAAGGGAAAGUACAAGGACAACGAAGCCAUCGAGUUCUCCUUCGACCUCAACAAGGACGUCCCCGAAGAUGUGGCACAGGAAAUGGUCGAGUCUGGCUAUGUGUGCGAGGGAGACCACAAGACGAUGGCCAAGGCCAUCAAAGACCGAGUGUCUCUGAUCCAAAAGAAGAGAGAACAGCGGCAGCUGGUCAGAGAGGAGUUGGAGAAGAGGAAUCAGAAGCAGCAGCAGCAGCCCCUACAGGCAGCAGAGGCCCUCAGAUCCCCCCAGCAGAGUCAGUUACCCCCCCAGCCCCCCAUAGCCCAGACUGAGAAGGAGGACCCAGAGAUGGACCAGCAGCAGUACCAACAAGCCAACAUCUCCAUGACAUCUGACGGAGCGGUGGACAACGGCCAGGGUUCGUCCCUGUUCUCUGAGUCCCAUCUGGGCCAGCUGACCAUGCCCUAUAGCAACAUUCCUGCCACCCAGCAGCAGGGCCAAACCCAGGCCCCCUACCCCUCCCCUUCCCCCCAGCAGCAACAACAGCAGCAGCUCAAUGCCUACCAACAGCAGAACAUGCCUCUCUCACCACCUCCCCGCCACCGCGGCCAUAGCAUGUCCGUUUGCGUCCCCUACUUUUCCUCCACCCCUCCUGCUCUGUCCUGCCUUCCCAACCGGCCCUCCACCUCUCCUCCGGUGCUCUCCGCCCCCCACUCCCCCUGCCGGGGGUCGGAUGACGGCGACACGUUUGCGGGCCGGCUCUCCAAGGCCCUGGAGAGUGUCCUGCCCCUGCAUUCCACCCCGCCUCGCCCACGGCAACAACGCCGAGCCAGCCUCCCGGCGGUGUUUGUCAGCCCUCCGCAGUCUGUGACUCACCAGUACAGCAGUGGAGGAGGAGUCUGGGCCUCAGCAGGCCUUCCGGACCCCACGCCGCCUCUCUUUCUCCCCUCCAUCCUGGAGCGCCCCGUCUCCUUCUCACCGCCGCCUGCCUGCCCUCCCUCCAAGGCCUACAACGCCCAACGCCGCAAGAGCACGUCUAUCUUGGAGGCCCAUACGCGCCACUUCCAGCCUGCCUACCCACGCUAUGCCAGCAGCCUGCACCCCUACCACCCGGGGAUGGAGGGGCUGGGUGUGGGUGGAGGAGGAGGAGGAGGGGAUGGACACCUGGGAGUGGAUCCCUCGUCCCUCUUCAUGGUGCCUGGCUACGGUGCUCCGAGGCUGGGGUCAUUAGGAGAGCCCAUGCACCAGCACCUCCAAGGGCAGUCCCUCCAGGACCCUCUGUACGGGUACAAGGACGUGAGGGCGGAGCAGCAGGAGGACGUGGUGGAGGCUGUGCGGAGGCUGAGUCUGAACCAGGCAGCGUUGCUGGAUCACUUCGAGGCCAUGGCCUAUGGGGGCUACCCCAUGACUGCUCACCAGAUCAACCAGAUCAGCUUCCACCAGCAGAUGCAGGCUGCGGCAGCCGCCAGCCUGGCCGUGUACGACCCUCCACAGCCGGCCUACGCCCAGACCUACCACCCCCACAUGCAGAGUCACAUGCGCCUCACCCACAGCCCCAUCCCUCAGCUGCCACCCAUGAGCACAUUGGGCCCGCAGGCCUCGGGUACUACCGAUGGGUACCAGCUGCAGCACUCCGCCUCCUUCCCCCAGUCCGCUCCCCCAGUCAUGGAGCCCCCGCAAGGCAGCGUGUUCGAGUUCCACGUCCAAAACAUGGCUACUGCAGCGGCCGCCUCUGGGGCCGACUCUGGCGUGCUGGCCUCUAGACUGUACCGGGCUCGCCGCGGCUCCAUGGACCUCAACCUGGAGGAGCAGGGGGGACCAGGAGGACAGUCAGGGGGGUCUGGGACCUACAGCCGCCUGCAGCCAGUCACUGAGGAACUCUACAGCUACGUCAGCCCUGAGAUGCCUCUUCCUCCUGGGAGCCUGUUACUGCACCAGGGUCAGAAGGACUGCAGCCCAGAACCUUCCAGUGACUCAAUGGCCUCUGACUGUGGAGAGUUCCACUCUCCUCCGCCCCAAUUCGGGGCCGCCUCGGCCGCCCAGUCCAUCCCACACACCUUCUACGGGGCGGAGGCCGGGGGGAGGGACACCACCGCAGAGGGCCAGGGAGUGGGCCAUCCCCCCAGCCAGCAGACCUUUCUGUUUGUGCCUCCCUCCGAGUCCCCUGGGCGUCAGUCCCCUGGGCGUCAGUCCUCUCACGUCAACAUACUACACACCACCUGGGCCCGACAGACGAACGUCCAACCCGACCUGUCGUACCAGGAGUUUCCUCUGGCCGUGCAGGGAAACCCUGGGCUGCAGGUGCAGCAGGUCCCAACCUCCCAGCCCAACACUGGACACCCUCUGGCCCCCAACUCCCAGCCAGUCCCCAUCGCCCACCAACAACAUGGAGGUUACUACGUCACAGCGAUCCCUCCGCAGACCCCCCUGCAGGCCUCUCUCCCCCCCACCUCCCAGCCCAUGGUCUCUCAGCCCCAGCAGCAGCAGGCAGGCAGCACCGUGGUACAGAGCCUCUCUCAGACCCAGCUACCCCCUGGACCACAGCCCACACAGCCCUCUCAGACUGCUCCUCAGCCUUUGUCAUUGGAACAGUCACAGUUACAACCACCACAAGUGCCCUCGUCCAUGGAGAGCGGUCACUCUGACGUGGCGUCCGGUCUGAGCGACGGAAAUGAUGGAGGCAGACAAGAGGGGCGCUCCAUCAAGCGACACCAGCGGCGCUCCGUACGGAGUCGUUCUCGUACCGACAAGAUUGGCAAAGCAAAGUUGAAUGUACUAAAUAUAUCCAACAUGGGCGACAGGGUAGCAGAGUGCCAGUUGGAAACACACAACAGAAAGAUGGUGACGUUUAAGUUUGAUCUGGACGGAGAUAACCCAGAGGAAAUAGCACAGAUUAUGGUCACCAGUCUUUUUAUACUGGAGAGCGAGAGGGAGUCGUUCAUCGAGCAGGUCCGUGAGGUCAUCGAGAUGGCUGACGAGAAGGGUCUGGAGAAAGAUGGAAACACCCAGAUUGUUUCCCAGAUAGUUAGUGACCUCCAGCAGCAACAGAUCCCUGCUAUAUCUGAACCGUUGCCAGGUAUCCCUUCCUGUGCAGCCCAGGUGGUCCACUCUGCAGGCAGGAGGUUUAUAGUCAGCCCCGUGCCUGAGUCCAGACUCAAGGACCAGUUCUUUGCUGACUCAGCGGCUGCAGGCUCUGCCCUACUGAGACAAGAUUCACAGUCCUUUAACGCCGGCCGUGCUGCAGGUCAGGGUCUGUCCCAGUCGGCCUCAGCGGUCAGCCUGCAGCAGGCCUUCUCAGAGAUGAGACAGAAUCAGGGCCAGUACGACCCAGGACCCAGCACCGCUCCUCCCUCCAUCCACAUAGCCUCCCUGCCUGUCCUGGUCCCUGCUGCAGCCACCACCACCACCAUCCCAGUCUUCUCCACUGCUCCUAUAGCCUCUGCUCUUAUCCCCCAUGCUCAGGUUCCAUCUGAGGUCUCUGUGACCUCCCCUCCCCCCUCAGUCUCCAUCUCCCCUCCAGCCUCCACCUCCCCACCUGCAACCAUCCACCAGGCCACCGCACCCCUCCCCACCCAGCUCCAGUCUGUUGCUACCCAGCCUCUCCUUUCCCAGGCCCCUCUCACCCUGCCGGUGACCCAACCCGUGGUCUCCUCCGUACCUAGUGUUACAGCCCCAGUCCCUGCCCCAGCCACCUCUGUGUCCCCCCCAGCCCCUGCUGUCCUCCCCACCUCAGCCUCCUUCCCCCAGACCUCUGGCCCAGGCUCCAUCCCUGGUGGUCCCACCACCUCCAUACCCACUACAGUCCUUUGUCAUUCUGCCACGGCCCCCCUGGUCAGCAGCUGUAGCAGUGGUAGUGGAGGUGGAGGAAGCUCAGAGCAGCUCCCUGUCCCUUCCACUGCUGUCCCCCAGUUCACCGCUACCGUAGUCCCCACCACAGCUAUCCAAGGCCCCCUGCUAGCCCCCUCCAUUGCUAACCCCAGUGCAGAGCUCCCUUCUUCCUCCUCGCCUGUAGCAUCUCUAGCCCCAGGGGCCACGGUCCCUACCUUACAGCCCGUGACCACCACCAUCCCCGUGGUCCAGCCCACCCUGGUGCACACCCAGCCCCAGCCCGCUACAAUGCCCAACCAGACCCACGCCCAGGGUGGGGAGUGUGAGGCGGCCCUGGGCAUCGAUGACAUCCACGCCCUGGAUAAGAAGCUUCGCUCCCUCUUCAUGGACCUGGGCGGCGGUGGAACCACCCAGGCCGAUGGCUCUGUCGACCCAGCCGGAGGCACUGGUGUCCCGGGAACUUCUUCCCCAACCGGUCCCUCAUCCACCGCCAGCUCCACAGGCACCCCCCUGCCCCCCUCCAGCCUCCCCCUGGCCUCCUCAGGACCAGGGCAUGUCUCUGGGACCCCCCUCACCACCCCGGGACAGGCUGGGACCCCUUCCACCUACACCCAGACUACCCCCGCCAAAGCACCUCUGUCUAGGUUACCGGUGUUGCCUGUGGGCUCAGAUCAGGCUCAGGCUGGCCCCCCUCCUCCCUCAGACUACAUGGCACCCUUCCCAGGACCCUGUCUAACUCAGUCCCAGCAGCCUCUGGAAGACCUGGAUGCCCAGCUGAGGAGGGCCCUGAGCCCAGAGACUGUCUCUGUCAGCUGUGUCACCACACAGCUCAUGUGGUGGUAUGUGGAAUGUGUUGUUGGUGUGACUCUAGACAGGACAGUCACACUGUGUUCUCCCCCCUGUACCAUAGUCCUCCCUCACUGGGAUGCCUGCAGGUGGCCAGCCAGUGCCUUUCUCGCUGGAAGGGGAACCAAUCACGUCGCCUAUUGCUGGAGGAUUCCAACUUGGACGAUUCCAGGUCUCUGUGGCUGCAGACCAGGAUCCCCACAAAAUCGAGAGAGGGAGUCCCACAAAAUCCUCCUCCUCCACCUCCUCUUCUUCCUCCUCUCUCUCCAGCCCGGAGAACACACUCACAAUGUCUCCUCCCCUCUCCGCGGCGGUAAGACCGGUGGGGGAGAUGUUGUGGACGGCUUGCCCUCCCUCCCCCACCGGACCGCCUCCCCUCAGCCCACCACCAUUGGCCGCUUCCAGGUCACCAACGCACCGGAUGCCAGGGUGGGCCGCUUCUCAGUGAGCCGAGCCCAGGAUGAGGCAGCCGAGGCUGUGUUCGAGCAGCCACCCGCUUCCCAGGCUAACGGGCCUAGUACUGAUCCUGGCUUGGCCACCAUGCUCUUCAGCCCAGAGGACAAACAGAGCUCCCUGCCCAGCCUCAACAACUCCUACAUGAGCUCUGAUAAUGACUCUGAGUUUGAGGACGAGGACUUGAAGAGGGAGGUCAACCGGUUACGGGAGAAGCACAUGAAGGAGAUCCAGGCCCUGCACACCAAGCAGAAGGAUGAGAUUGACUCCCUGUUCGCCAGGCUGGGCAAGGUGCCUCCAGCCGUGGUGGUCCCUCCAGCUGUAGCCCUGGCCGGUCGCAGGAGACGACCCACCAAAAGCAAGAGCAGCAAGUCCAGCCGCUGCAGCUCCUCCCAGGGCAGCAAGAGCCCCCUGCAGCCAGGGACCAGCAGCACCAACACAGUGAGUGGUCCAGGAGGCCAGGGUACAGGAGGCCAGGGUCCAGGACCAGGGGGUCAGAACCAGGGCCAGCCUUCUCCCAACCCCCCUCAACAGGGCCGGAAGGGCACGUUCACCGACGACCUGCACAAGCUGGUUGACAACUGGGCCCGCGACGCCAUCAGUCUGUCCCAGGGCAAGAGUCGCUCCAAACAGCAACCCUCACAGGGACACAGCUACCAGGCAACCCCGUCGACCAACAAGGGCCGUAAGUUCUCCGCCCCGAGUCAGCUGUGCCCCAGCAACGCCUCUUCCACCCCCGCUACCUCUCUGGGAGGCCGCAAGGGCUCCUUGUGUCCCCUUCCCCAGUACGGCGGGGGCGGGGCAUGCUACCCCUCCUCCACUGCACCUUACAGCAGCGCCCAGUGGGUGGGAUCCACGGGGUCCACAGGGCCGGGACAGGGUCAGGCCGGUGUGUUAGCCUCCUCUCAGCCCCUGGUUGCCUCCUCCUCGCAGUACCCCUCCUCUGCCACUGGGGGGCAGGGCUCCCUGCAGGGCUUCCACCACAUCAGCACUUUGCAGAAAUCCGUCAGCAACCCUGGAGGCCCCAACCUGAGGACCACGUAGUGGCUAUGAGGGGAUGUUAGCCAUGCCGGGCUGAGAGACUGACAGACUGAGGGAGAGAGACAUGAGGAGAGAAGGGUGUCUGUGUUACAAGGGGGAGAGGGGCUUGUGUGUUACAAGCGACAUCAUGGUUGGUGGGACUGUAUUGAAUGUGAAUGAGCUGGCUGUGAAGAGGAGCAGGAGAGAGAAGAGUCAGCUGCUGUGUGAAAUAGUGCACCACACUGCCCUCUUCUGUUUCCCUGAAGGAUGACAGGAGAGGGACACACUCCCCCGCUCUCCCCCCACCCCGAGGUCAACUGUGGGCCUUGGGGGUCGAAGAAAGACGCGACAAGGAACGCGACAAGGAAUACCAAUGGACACGAGUGCAAUGUUAAGUGGCCAAAGAGGGUUAAUGUGACAAUUACUAUUGUAAAAUGUGUGUGUGUGGUGAUGGGCUUUGUUCCUUCACUGACUGGCUUUUACAUGUACUCUAUAGUAGAGACCAGAGCCUUGUACUGAUCUCAGAGAGGAGGGAUGGAGGAUAGUAACAGACCAAGGGGCUGGUGGUGUACUUAUGGUUGGGGGGCUGCAGUACAUAGCUAACCCCCUUUCCCCUCUCACCUAUCUGAGCCCCCCUGCCUGUUCAGCUCCUCCUGCUGGUAACUGACCUCCAGAACAGAGCUUUAAGUGACCGUACAGUACUAUACAGCUCCUCCUGCUGGUAACUGACCUCCAGAACAGAGCUUUAAGUGACCGUACAGUACUAUACAGCUCCUUCUGCUGGUAACUGACCUCCAGAACAGAGCUUUAAGUGACCGUACAGUACUAUACAGCUCCUCCUGCUGGUAACUGACCUCCAGAACAGAGCUUUAAGUGACCGUACAGUACUAUACAGCUCCUCCUGCUGGUAACUGACCUCCAGAACAGAGCUUUAAGUGACCGUACAGUACUAUACAGCUCCUCCUGCUGGUAACUGACCUCCAGAACAGAGCUUUAAGUGACCGUACAGUACUAUACAGCUCCUUCUGCUGGUAACUGACCUCCAGAACAGAGCUUUAAGUGACCGUACAGUACUAUACAGCUCUUUCUGCUGGUAACUGACCUCCAGAACAGAGCUUUAAGUGACCGUACAGUACUAUACAGCUCCUCCUGCUGGUAACUGACCUCCAGAACAGAGCUUUAAGUGACCGUACAGUACUAUACAGCUCCUCCUGCUGGUAACUGACCUCCAGAACAGAGCUUUAAGUGACCGUACAGUACUAUACAGCUCCUCCUGCUGGUAACUGACCUCCAGAACAGAGCUUUAAGUGACCGUACAGUACUAUACAGCUCCUCCUGCUGGUAACUGACCUCCAGAACAGAGCUUUAAGUGACCGUACAGUACUAUACAGCUCCUCCUGCUGGUAACUGACCUCCAGAACAGAGCUUUAAGUGACCGUACAGUACUAUACAGCUCCUCCUGCUGGUAACUGACCUCCAGAACAGAGCUUUAAGUGACCGUACAGUACUAUACAGCUCCUCCUGCUGGUAACUGACCUCCAGAACAGAGCUUUAAGUGACCGUACAGUACUAUACAGCUCUUUCUGCUGGUAACUGACCUCCAGAACAGAGCUUUAAGUGACCGUACAGUACUAUACAGCUCCUCCUGCUGGUAACUGACCUCCAGAACAGAGCUUUAAGUGACCGUACAGUACUAUACAGCUCUUUCUGCUGGUAACUGACCUCCAGAACAGAGCUUUAAGUGACCGUACAGUACUAUACAGCUCCAGUAGAAGUCCAUUAUGGUAGAGUUGUGUAGCAUGUUGAGGAGAUGUGAGGAAGGUUAUGGGGUGAAGGAAUGGGCUUGUGAGGCCGAGGUGUGGGACUGGUGCCAUGUAUGUAGCUGGUCAGGCAGUGUUGACAUCCGGAACCACAUGUACUGCUAUUCCUAUAUAUCAUUUAGGAUGUACAUUGGUGUGUGUAGGUGGAGAAUCAGUAGCCUGGGGGUUCGUACUCUACCCCUCCUGUUGCCAUGGGAUGCAAUACAAACACAGUCAUAGAAACCUCCUCCUAAAUAUAAUGAAAACACAUAGUGACCUUCAUUAGGAAAACAACACAAUCCAUGACCAGAUUCACAAUGUCUUUUUUUUUUAAAGAGUUUGGGUUAAUGAUGAUUCCAUGUUUGAUUAGUGUUUUUAUGUUUUUCCUCUGUCCCCAUUGAACUGAGGAGACUCUUCUGUAGCAUGAUGAAAGGGUUUACGCUAGGGUUGACCCUCGUAUCCAGGAAUCUCUCUCAGUAUAGGGCCUUUUAAAGAAACUACAUCUCCCAGCAUAGGGCCUUUAAAAAAACUACAUCUCCUAGUAUAGGACCUUUAAAGAAACUACAUCUCCCAGUAUAGGACCUUUAAAGAAACUACAUCUCCCAGUAUAGGACCUUUAAAGAAACUACAACUCCCAUCUCCAUGCUAACCAUCUACCUGAUUGGAGGGGAGUACUGUGUGUGAGACCCAUCUAUCCCAGUCUUAACUUCAGGCUUAUAGUUACUCCAUUCUAAAAUGUGCUGUAUCUGGGAGGCCGAUGAGAUCCCCAUCCCAUCCAUGGCUGGUAGUUUCCAUGGUUCUCAUGUACAUAUCCCUAAUGAGAGAGCCCCCCUGAACUAACACAGACAGGACUGAAGUAGAUUCUCUCAGACUCAACUCAAUAGUCUUCUUUUUCACGGGUGGUUUAGCUCUGAGAGGGAGUGCAGGGCGAACGGAGGGAGGUAUGUCCUGUUGGCUCUCUGUGUCACACAUGAGAUUGGUUUCACGGUUGUGAGGUAGGUUGGUGUUGGUCCUGCGUGGACCCAGAGAAGGAGAGGUCUCGGUGGGGCAGGGAGAGGACUGGACGUGGGCUGGGCUGGAGGUAGGCUGCAUGGUGGAUGGUAUGACGGUUGAAAAGUAAAGCCUUGGAUCUCCAGCAACAAAACGCUGUCUGUCCUGAGGAGGGCUUGUGAAGCUUUCAAACCUAUGAUCUAUUAGUAACAUAACAGCUUUUAUAAUCAUGAUGUUGACAGCAUUAGGGGCCUCGAUCUCUCUACUUCUGAGUCUUUUCAAUAGUGUGAUUGAAAACAAAAAUGUACAUUAUUCUAUUUAAAAAAAGGAGAAAAAAAAGACAAGUGUUCUGUAUGGACCUGUAUUUACCCAUCAGUUUUUGAUGUUGAAACACUGUGAUUAUUAUAAAUGUUGUUGGACAACAUGAGUUUAAGAAGAAAAAAAAGAUAGAAAAUACAAACAAAAAGACAGUAGGAGGAAACGUUAUGGUGGAUUGGUAAUACUUAGGCUGAAAAAAAUACAAAGUAAAAGGCUAGCUAUUUUCCUUAUCCAGUACUUAUCGAAGACACUUUAACCUUUCUCCUCUUUGUACUUUCUUUAUAUUAGAUAAAUGUGAAUGUUAAAUGGACUCAAUUAACGUACUUGAAUAGUAACUUGGGGUGGAGUCCCAAAUAACACCCUAUCCCCUACAUGGUGUACAACUUUUCACCAGGGGCCGAUAGACCUCGAUCAGGGCCCAUGGGGCUCUGGUCAAAAGUAGUGCACUAUAUAGGGAAUAAGGUGCAAUGUAGGACUCGCCCUUGGUCUUUUCCGUCUCCUUUCGCCCCCCAGUACUCCAGUGAGAGCUCUGCUGGAGUUUCUAGUGCCUUCCAUUAUUUAUUUUGCUUAUUUUUUUAACAGUUUUUUGACAUGAUGGAGUAACAGAAGUGCUGUUGAUUUGCGCUUCGUUGAAGUGCUUUACUGGCUCUGUGGGUACAAAGGUCAAAGGUACACUGGGAAGGGGAGACGGGGGACGUUGGGCUAGGGUAUGGGCUAGGGUAACUCGUUUCUUUUUUCUUUGUGCCAUUUAUUUUUUUUAGUAUUCGGGUUAAAUCCAUUUGAUUUGGGGGGGCGGAAGACAAACUUAGUCCUAGACUGCAGAGAGUAGGAAUGGAUCUGAUGGUUUAAAAAAAAAAGUUGUUGAAGCUUGGACAACUGUGUAUUUGAAACGAAUAAAUGAACGCAGACAACAGAACAGAGUGAGGCUGAACCAGGGUUACCUAACAUUUCAAAUAAAGGGUUUGUUAGGAACGGAAUGCUUGACUGUUCCGUUAGCUGUUCUAGUGUUCGGGGAACACAUUUCAGAUACUAGAACCAUUCAUUCAGUAUGCAAGAGCUCUCUAGCUAGCACUGAGCCUAUCAUUAGACCCACUACAACAAUCAGACUAUCUUUAUUGAUGGCCUGUCCACGAAGCCUUGUGUGUGUCCGACACCAAGCAGCACGGUAUACGAGCCUCGUGUUGGUGGUGAUAGAGAGGGGAGAAAGAGGUAGACGGAUCGGAAUGGAGAAGAGAAAGUCAGUCAGUGAGAAACGGUAUUUGUAUGAAUGUCUCAAAAGAGUUCAAAACCAGAUUGUUUUGUUGUAUAGUUACUAACCAGGCAUAAUGUGUCUCUACUGUCAGUGGGGCAGUCUUAGGCUGUGUCCCCCAAAUGGUGCCCUAUUCCCUAUAUAGUGCACUACUUUUGACCAGAGCCCUAUGGACCCUGGUCAAAAGUAGUGCACUAAAUAGAGAAUAGGGCGCCGUUUGGGACAUGAUCCUUACAGUAGUAGGUGUGACUGGGCCCUAUGCCAUUUUAAGGUGUGUAAAGUGGAGUUGAGGUAGAAGCCAGGGCUAGUGGAGGCAGAAGAGGAGAGGUCAGGGGACUCUCUAUCUCCAACACAUGGCGGUAGUACUGUACGCUGUGCUGCUGGGUUUGACCAACAAGUGACUUCCUCAUCACCAAUGCAAUGCUGGUGGUUCAAGCCCAGGUAUUUCAUCAUCUGCUUAAUGCUGCCCCAGUCUCUUUAAUGAAACCACCUGUGGCUUUUAGUGCAGGUUCGUAGCUGACUGUAAAGUAGCAGACAGUCUCACCACUCACAAUGCAAACAAAUAAAUGGUUAGAUUUUUUUUACAUGGAUGUUUUAGUUUUUUGGUUGAUGUCCUUCUGGUCUUUUUGGAAACCUUACAAAAUGUUGUAAUGAUAGAUGAACAGUGUCUGUUUCUUUCUCGUUACCUGACAGUGUUGUAGACAGUAAAACUGGUCCAAUCUGUGUACAACAGAAUAGUUCAUUAAGAUCCGUAUCCUUCUCAAAGCGACUGUACAAAACCAUUACCUGGGGUCAAACAUGUUUAAAAGUGAAUACCUUAGAAAAGUUUUUUUUAAUAAACACUUGUCACCUUAACUACUGAUUAGCUUACAAGGACUGCUAGAUCUAUUCUGCUUACCGCUUCAGUCGUCUCUACUCACUGUAAACAUGUCCGCUACGGGAAAUCACUUGAAAAGAUAUGGUAGAUUCUCAACCAUUUAAAACCGUUAAAAACAGUUGGGGGGGGGUUCUUUGUAAAAUGUUGCUUUUGCCUGUUUUGUGGAUUGAACUUUUCGUACUUACCGGAGGCCCUCAGUACAGCAGUACAGUACUUACUGGAGGCCCUCAGUACAGUACUUACCGGAGGCCCUCAGUACAGCAGUACAGUACUUACUGGAGGCCCUCAGUACAGUACUUACCGGAGGCCCUCAGUACAGCAGUACAGUACUUACCGGAGGCCCUCAGUACAGCAGUACAGUACUUACCGGAGGCCCUCAGUACAGCAGUACAGUACUUACCGGAGGCCCUCAGUACAGCAGUACAGUACUUACCGGAGGCCCUCAGUACAGCAGUACAGUACUUAGCAAGUUUGGUUGAAGCUGUGAAGGUGACAGAAAUACACUUUGCUUAGUUAUUUUGUUGAUGAUCGAUACUUUUGAAAAACAAAUAAAACCUUUACAAUGCCACUGCCUCAGUGCCAUUACCAUGCAGUAAUGACUUUAGCUACAUGGACAUCUGCUCUCUCUAAAGAAUACUGAGCAAUAUUUACAAUGUUUACUUCCUCUUAACUAAGUGUCGUACUGUAUGAUACAGUGGCUGCAAUGCAUAACAUGCAAUGGUGAACAGGUUAUGGUGAGGUUACAAUGGUGAACAGGUUAUGGUGAGGUUACAGUGGUGAACAGGUUAUGGUGAGGUUACAAUGGUGAACAGGUUAUGGUGAGGUUACAGUGGUGAACACCUCUGAUGAACACAUUUACACUAGCUCUGGUCCAGCUCUGUGCUCCAACGAUCAUCGUCGUGAGAGAGUCGCCGAACCGCGCCCUGGACCAGAGCUACGUUUACAUAGUUACAGAGGAGGGAAGUUACUGAAUUUACAAAGUGUAAUAAUAUUAAUUUUUACCAUCAUUCAGAAUACCGAUCGAUUCUGCUCCUUCUCCUGUUCUUUUCCUUGUUACUGUUACAAUACAACUCCUCCUUUGUCCUGCAAAGUGCACAUCAAAUGUCAUUCACAUCACCGUUCGUCUGACUGACACAGAAGUGGUUCCAUAAAGAGCAUUCUAGUUUCUCUAGAUAACAUCUGGCAUGUUACCUUUUCAUCACAGCUUGUUAUACUGUAAAGUUAUUACCACAAAACAACUCUUAACAUGUACACAGCCACCCUCACAAAAACAAAACAAUUCAAGUUGAUUUAAAGUAUUUUGUUUUGUACUACUUAUCAGAAUUUUUUUGUUUUGCAAUUUUAUGUCUCAAGAAACAUCUAGUGACUUAAUUCAAUGGUUUUUCCUCAUGCUGUUUAACAUUGUACAAAAAUGUUUUAAAAUAAUAAAUUGGAAAACCAAACGGAACCUGUUAGGAAUCAUUGGCAGCGUUUAACUGUUCUGCAUUAAGUAGAGGCUGGCCAAGCUUCAAAUAAAACUGCGCUUUGCGCUCCAAUAAAAUAUAUUUGUUACUUUAUUUGUAAACUUAAUAAAUAAAAGUAAUUUAAAUUAA